GGAGCUAAGGUAUUGUUCCUCUGACAGGGGAUUAGAUUAAGGAUUGAAAACAACCCAACCUAGAAAAUCAGAGUUUCCGAGGUCCAAAAUACGCACUCAACAUUUCUCAACUAUAGAGAAAAGCCCAUAACCCCCGGUAUUUUAUUUUUCUUGAUUAUAGUGCCUCAAGCUGGCAGGAAUGGACCCGAACUCCUCUCCCUUGGAUGCAUUACAUACACAUGUGUGCCAUUAUUCCAUUCAAACACCAGCCCAAGUACAGCAAGAUGUGUGUUGUGGGCAGUGAUAAUCAAAACAGAUUAAAAAACCAGAUUAUUAGGUGGUAAAAAAACCAGAUUAUUAGGUGGUAAAAAAACCAGAUUGAAUGAGGUCGUUUUGGUAGCUGGAUCGGUUGGAUAGGCACACCCAUUUGGCCUUUUUUUCCCUUUUUUCGUGAACGAUUCGGUUUCCAUAUGACCUGAUGGGGUUGGAGAUUGGUAGAUCAAGGGGCUAGAAAGGUGUGUAUGGUCAGGCCUUUGUAGGGGAAAUGAGGGAUGCUUGGUGCUGUAAUGAAUCUAGUAAGUGCUUGUUGGAGGCCCAUAGAGAAGUAUGUUCAGACCAGUGCAGAUGUUAUGGAGGAAGUGCAGGAGGGCCUGCUGUGGUUUAAGGACAUUGGGCACCAUGUAGCAGGGGAAUUCUCAAUGGCUGUUGCGCAGGCCAAUAAUCUUGUGGAGGAUCAGUGCCAGGUGGAGUCAACAGGUCCACCCUUGGCUGGCAUAUUUGUUGGCGUCUAUGACGGCCAUGGAGGUUCAGAGGCAGCUCGCUUUAUCAAUGAUAAUCUUUAUCGCCAUUUCCAGAAAUUUGCAUUGGAGCAACAGGGAAUAUCAGCUGAUGUAAUACGGAAAGCCUUUAUAGCAACUGAAGAAGCUUUUUUGUCUGUUGUGACAAAUGCCUGGCCUGCAACACCACAGCUUGCAUCAGUUGGAUCAUGCUGUUUGGUUGGUGUAAUCCAUGAGAGAACUCUUUAUGUGGCCAAUCUGGGAGAUUCACGUGUUGUAAUGGGACGAUUCAUAAGGUCUACUGGAGCAAUAGCUGCUGUGCAAUUAUCGACAGAACACAAUGCUAGUGUUGAAGCUGUUAGACAAGAGCUUCAUUCAUUACAUCCAGAUGACCCACAAAUUGUGGUUCUUAAGCAUGGAGUAUGGCGUGUAAAAGGCAUAAUUCAGGUCUCUAGGUCAAUUGGUGAUGUGUACUUGAAGAGACCCGAGUUUAAUAGAGAACCUCUCAAUGCAAGGUUUCGUCUUCCAGAGCCACUUGAAAGGCCCGUUUUAACUGCUGAACCAUCAAUCUCUACAUAUACUCUUCAACCAAAUGAUCGUUUUCUUAUAUUUGCUUCAGAUGGACUUUGGGAACAUAUGAGCAACCAGGAAGCUGUUGAUAUCAUUCACAGUCAUCCCUGUGUAGGAAGUGCUAAAAGACUUGUUAAAGCUGCUUUGCAAGAGGCAGCAAAGAAGCGAGAAAUGAGGUAUUCAGACCUCAAAAAGAUUGAGCGAGGUGUUAGGCGGCAUUUCCAUGACGACAUAACUGUCAUUGUUGUAUUCUUAGAUUAUGAUUUAAUCAGCAGAGGCUCCAGUCAUGGAUCCACAGUAUCUGUGAGAGGUGGGGGUGUAAGUUGAUUUUAUGUGGUCAGUUUGUUUGUUCGGUUUUUGAUUUGGUUAACAAAAGUCUCCUCAGACCAUCAGCAUCACAUGAUCUUCAAAUUAUCUUUUUGUGCGGCUAAAUCUAAGGUGGAGUGGCAGAUUUUGGCCUGAGUGGAGGAUUUAAAAUUGCCUCAGUUUUUUGAAAAGAUCAACAGUCUUCCUGUACUGUAACAUGGCACUCUAAAAGGAUUCAGCAAGUUAUUUGGGUAUCAUGAUCUGUAACUCUUGUAGCAGUCAUUUCACCCUUUGUUUGCAGAUUGAGAAUGGCGGCAACCGAUGUAUUUUAAUUAUGGGUUUUGUUAUCUGAAAAUAUCCAUUUUGAUUAAUUAUAUUUGACUUCAGAUUCCUUUUUCAUGAGGGACCCAUGGAAGCUAAUAGUUUUUCCUGAACAAGUUCUACCCCUGAGCUAUUCAAUCCUGCAUUGGCUCUUAAUUUAAAAAUAUAUAGCUGUGCUUCGCAAUGAAGGGCUGCGAGCAUAGUUUUCAAUAUAAAAUAAAAUGCUUGUAAUCAUUCA